CUCUACUUCAAGUUACAAUUUCACUUAGCAAAGUUGAACUCAGUGUGGGUGAAUCCAAAUUCUUCACAUGCACAGCCAUUGGUGAGCCUGACAACAUAGAUUGGUACAAUCCACAAGGAGAGAAGAUUGUUUCUAGUCAAAGAGUGGUUGUUCAGAAAGAAGGUGUUCGAUCACGUCUAACCAUUUAUAAUGCAGAUAUAGAAGAUGCUGGUAUAUAUCGGUGUCAAGCAACAGAUGCUAAAGGACAAACUCAAGAAGCUACUGUUGUUUUGGAAAUAUAUCAAAAGCUCACUUUCCGAGACAUAGUAUCUCCACAAGAGUUCAGGCAGGGAGAAGAUGCCGAAGUUGUUUGCCGUGUUACUAGUUCACCUGCUCCCAUUGUCAGCUGGUUGUAUCGUAAUGAGGAAGUCACAACUAUUGCUGACAAUCGAUUUGCAGUAUUAGCAAACAAUAAUCUCCAAAUUCUUAACAUCAAUAAAAGUGACGAAGGAGUAUACAGAUGUGAAGGAAGAGUGGAAGCCAGAGGAGAAAUUGACUUUCGGGACAUAAUUGUUAUUGUGAAUG